GUCCUAUUAUUAUAGAAACCGAUCCUCGGUCUCUUGUCCACAAUAUCCUUCCUUUUCUCUCGCGUGCAUUGACUGCAGCUCGACCUCUGCACCGAUGAGCUCCAUCCAAACUAUCACUCCAGCCAUAGUAUUCAUCUUCGUGUCGUCCAGCAUAGGCGAUUGAUCAUAUUUGACCGUGUCUCCCCCUACUCAGCCUUCAGGGAUUGUUGAUAUGGUCUCGGCAUCACUGGCAUGUUUGAAGCAACUGGAAGCCUUUUUAGUCCUCGACACUGCUGAAACUGUGAUGCACCAGUUAUAAGACAUCACCGGUAGCUCACAAACGCUGAUAAUCGUGUCGUAUUCCGGUGCUGCGCGCCAUCAAUCAAUCAUGCUUGGUCUUCACCAUGUCGAUGUUCCACGAAAGUCAAAUGAGCAUCUUGCGGCGUGACUGGUCAACAGGUGUGGGUCGCAGUAUCGCCUUGAAUCUAGCACGCAAUGUCACAAUGGCUGAAACAGAUUCGAAUACACGGACGACUUGGUAUUGGUAUGUUAUCAAGAUGUCGAUCCGGGUAUGAGGUGGACCACUUGAGCGAUACGUUAACGACAUUUGGAUCUCAACAUGUUCACCGGUGUCCUCAGCAAGACCACUUGACGAGAUCACGACCGUCGCUAAUGCCACCAGCAGCCAAACUUCUGCAAACAACCGACCUACAAUCGUCAUGAUGUCAUCUCGUUAAAUACCCAAUUAAAUACUCUACAGAAAAUAUAUACUUCUGCCAAGUCGGGCAGUGAUUGGACACCGAAUGACUUAAUCGCCUACAACAUCACAAUCCGCCGUUAAUCCUCAGACACCUUCGGAUAUAAGCCCAACACAAUACCUGAUGCCACUUGUUAGCCAAGAAGACAAAACGGUCAUCGGUGCCAAGGAUCCAGUAGCGCAGGUCAUCGCUCAAGCCAUUGCUACUUUCCAAUACAACAACGCAGCUCGCGAUCGCAAUGGCUUAGAUCCGUUUCAUUCCAUGACAAUACCUGCCAUCACUAUGUUCUAUUACCACAGCUCAGUACCCGGUCUCCAAGACAGAAGUAGUCAAGUGCGUAGUCGUCUGAACGAAGGAAUGGAAGUUCCGGAGUUUAGGCGGGAGGUCUUACAACAUUACGAGGCUCUCAGAAGGAUGUCGAAGGAAUGCUGGGAAGAUUUCGUCACCCACCGUAACGAGCUUUCAUAGGACCAGGGCACAAAAGCAACCUGAUCAUUUUCGUGCCCUUCUUUUCUCCUUGCCCACGAGUAGCUUUCUAUUGGGCCCGUUAUGAUGAUUGUAUAUUUUAUAUUUGAGCAUGCAGAUAUAUUGCUCUUUAUGGGCGUAAUAGCAAGU